CUGUACUGAUCUGGAAAUGAAAUUUUUCAAUCCCAGAAAAGGUAGAGGUGUUAUUGCUACAGACAGUAUUCAACCUGGGCAAUUUCUGCUAAGAUACAGUGGGGAUCUUAUCUCUGCUGAUGAAGGAGACCGGAGGUGUGAAGAAUAUAAGGAGCUGCAACUGGGAAAUUACUUAUAUUACUUUUCACACAGUGGCAAGGAAUACUGCAUCGAUGCCACUUCAGAAAUAUGCCUAGCAAGGCUGGUGAAUGAUGGCACGGGGAGAGAGAAGAAUGCAAAAAUGAAGAAAAUAAUCACUAAUGGCAAUCCUCAUCUCUGUCUUUAUGCUACCAAAGAAAUCAAGAAAGGGGAUGAAGUUUUAUAUGAUUAUGGAGAAAAAGAGUUGGAGUGGAGAAAGGAGCCAGAGCAAAUCAGAGUGGAUGAUUUCUGGUAUCUGUUUCUGGUUCAGCUCAAUCACGACCUAUGUGUUGGCCAACAACAGGCAGCUGAAGGGGUUGAACAGGCAGUACUUUUUACAAGAAGGACAUUGACUCUGAUACUUGAUGAUAUAGAGGCAACACCUCAAUUUUUACUUGGCCUUAAAGAAUUAGACCCUAAACUUUUGCAAACAUUGGACAAGUGUGCGUCCAGUUGUGAUGAGGAAAUAAGGAUGAAAGCCAAAGGCCUUCUUACCAAAUUCAAACUUGGGGAUAGACCUGGCAAUGUUAAGAAAGGAAAGUCGCAACUCCUGUCUGACGGAAGUAAAAGUGCUAUGACCGAGUCUGAUCAGCCAGGGAAAGAAAAUGUCCAGCCAAUUAAUCAGGAGGAUGUGACUGAAACCUCGGAUAUACACCGAACCAAAGUGACAUUAUCAGAACAGAGUGAUACUUCUCAUAGGAGUAAUGGAAAUGGGGAUCGUGCAGUAGGAAAGCAGCCUCAUAUUACAUGUUAUCAUGAUGAAGAAGUCACAGAGGAACUUCAAGGCAAUUCAUCUGAGGACAAUGCCAAAGAAACCGUCAUCUUGGUAACACAGGAGGAUAGUGAUCCACAUUGUGUCGGAGUGGGUGGCGCGAACUAUGAGAGGUAUUCACAAACUUACCAAUCAGUGGGAAGAGUUCCACUACACAGCACCAUUGAACAUAUUUUUGAUGAUUCAAAUAAUGUUGAAAAUGAUGGUGAUAAGACUGAGGCAUUGGUACCACUCACUAGGCCUACUAUCUGUGUAGACAUUGAAAUUAAUAUGCAAGAUGUAACUGAUAAUAAUUUUCCUGUAUCACCAGUUUCAUUCAGCACACCAAAAGCAAUGAAACAGAAAUGCCCCCAUCAAAGUGCAAACAGUUCUCAUGAAAAUGUUCCUGUUCAAAACUAUUAUUUGAGCCAGAAACAUAGAUGUUUACAUGCAGUGUUUGUGAGUACAGCUUAAGUGGUUGUGGGGCAUUAUGUAUGCCCCAUAGUUUUGAAAUGACCCGCAAGAAAGGUUUGAUUCUUAGAAGUACCCUGUAAUUGGGAUGGGCUAUUUUGAUUAGGAAUGUACACAAAGUAUACAAUUUCUUUAUUUUUGGAAAUAUUUUAAUCACACAU